AUGCAACCACAAUUCAGUAAAGUCGAAUGGAAGAGUAUUCAUAUGCACCCUCAGAUCCAUCCCAGAUUCAAAUUUCACCUAUGGCUAACCAUUAAGCAAAGGAUAGCAACUGUGGAUAGACUUAGUAAAUUUGGCAUCCAAGUGCAAGCAGAGUGUAUUUUUUGUGGAAAGGGUGAGGAAACUUUUGAACACCUAUACUUUGGCUGUCAGAAUACCAAAAAGCUGUGGGAAAGGAUACUGAAAUGGCUGGGACAUACAAGACUGAUAGGAGACUGGAAUCAUGAACUGAACUGGAUGAUCAACAUAGCCAAGAAGAAAGAGUACAUGGCAGAAAUGACUGUAGCAGCUUUUGCAAUGGUCGUGUACUGCAUUUGGCGUGAGAAGAACUCACUGAGAUUCAACAAAGGCAGAUACAAUAUAGAUGAAGUCUCUAAAGAAGUGGCGAUGCAUAUACACAUACAAGGAAGGAAGAAGAUUAAGUGGAAAGAAGGAUUAGAACUUGUAAAUAGAAUGCCUUAG